GUAGAAGGUAAGAGGACAUAUUGCAAACAGACCAUCAAAGCUGAGUAACAAAAGCAGACAGAAAACGAUAAACCCUAAAAACCCUACUAACAGGUACUUGGUUUAUUCUCUCUGUUGUUAGAGCUAAAACCUUGCCUCUGAUCUUCUCGUACCCAUGGCUACGUUGCGCAAUCAAGUGUUUCGGAGGCUUCGCAAUUUGUCCUCCUUGAGAAGACUCACAACAUUAUCUGCAAGAGAGCCAGCAUUCCAAUCACCGGUUAGCAAUUAUCCUCUGAGAUUCAUUAUUGGUCAUAACAUGCACUCUCCGCCGCGAAUUUUUAGUUGUACUUCAGUUAGAUGGAGAGUUUCAAAUUCAAAUUCUGGCUCAUUCAUUGAUGACAUUGGACCUUUAUUUGCGGGUUGCGACUAUGAGCACUGGCUCAUUGAAAUGGAUCCGCCUGGGGAUGGUAAAGCUACCAAGCAGGAAAUGGUAGAUUGUUAUGUCAAAACCCUGGCCACUGUCCUGGGAAGCGAAGAGGCAGCCAUCAAGGUUAUUUAUAAUGUAUCUACAGAAGGAUAUUUUGGAUUUGGAUGUGAAAUUUCAGAAGAGACUUCCCAGAAACUUGAAGGUUUGCCUGGAGUCCGUUUUGUAUUGCCAGAUUCGUAUGUUGAUGCUACUAAUAAGGAUUACGGAGGAGAAUUAUUUAUUGAUGGGAAAAUAGUUCAAAGAUCUCCUGAAAGGCAACGAUUGAUUGAUGCCGCCAUGUAUAAAGGCAAUGACAGACCUAGGAACAAUGAUAGAGCUCGUGCUCGACGUAGAGAGAAUCAAGGGCCUCCUGAAAGGCAACGAUUUAGCAAUUCUCCUAUGCCACAAAGCAAUGAUAGAUUUAGUGCUGGACAGAGAUUUAAUCAAGGGCCUCCUCGUUCGGGGCCUCCUGAAAGGCAACAAUUUAAUGAUUCUGCUACACAGCAAGGAAAUGAGACGCCUAGGUACAAUGAUAGAUUCAGCACCGGACAAAGAGAGAGUCAAGGAUGAUGAGACUACUGGUCUUUCCAAAAGUUGGAAUUUGAUCACUGCUUGCAAAGUCUACACACACAUAUGAUGGCAGGGUCACAUACUCUUCUUGAUGCUAGUAGUCAUGAGAAAGUUCUUCAUAGAUCUUUGAGAAAGCAAUUGAUGUGUGCACUUUACAACCAUGCGUAACAUUUGUGGCACUUAUGUAUAUACCUACACUUGAAAAUGUACCUUUUUGAAGAUUGUCACUGGUGGACUUUAUAUACUAUGGUGAACAAUGUGUUGUUUUAAAGGAUCUCAGUGAGAACACACUAAAUUUAUUGUCACGCUUCCCUUCUUUUACUAAGAUUGGAAUUCUUUAUCA